UGUUGCUCAACCUACUACUCUUUCACACUUGCCAAGUAGCCUUUGACUCUCAGACUUCAAACUGUAGUGGUGACAGUGAUGUUUCUGCCCAAGGCAUGAAUCUGGUGAUAAGGGAGCACGUGACUCGAUAACAUCCCACUAUCGCGAAAUUUUGAUUUUUUGAUCUCCGAAAGAGACUUGGAAAGAGAGAGACAGAGCAGAUUAGACAGUCAAGAUUUUAGGGCAUCGAUAAUAACAGACCAACAAGAUGCCUCCUCGCAAGCAGUGGAUUGAUAAGAAAAAUGCCACCACAUACCAGCUCUUUCACCGAUCUCAAAAUGAUCCUUUAAUUCACGACCCUGAAGCCGACGAUCGUAUCCUGCAUCCUGUGUCUGGGCCGUCGCUUCCAAUCUCAGAAGGCAAGAAGCGCAGCAAAAAUCUUUCGGAUCUGAGCAGCGAGUUCGGAUCAGACUCCGUUCGGCACAAUGAGGGUGAAGCUGCGACUUAUGGCAUCUACUUCGAUGACACGAAAUAUGACUACAUGCAGCACUUGCGAGAGCUGGGAACAGGUGGCGGUGAGUCGUACUUUGUGGAGGCUACGAGCAAGGGAAAGAGCAAGGCCAAGGGGAUGAAGCUGGAAGAUGCCCUGAAGCAACAAAUGACUCUGGAUGAUACGAGGAGCGAGUUUGGCGCCGGCAGUGUCUACGGAUCUGAAUAUACUUCGGACCUGCGCUCGACCACUUCCUCAUACUCUCGCAAACCGACAUACCAGGACCAACAGGAUGUCCCCGAUGCGAUUGCAGGUUUCAAGCCUGACAUGGAUCCCCGUCUUCGUGAAGUGCUCGAGGCGCUUGAGGACGAAGAAUAUGUCGAUCCGGAUGAUGAGGAGGAUGUGUUUGGCAAGUUGACCGACCAUGCGGAGGAGCUGGAUCCAGGCGAGUGGGAGGACGCACUGUUUGACGAAGAAGACGUAGACGACGGCUGGGAGUCUGAUGCGACAGAAAAAGCACCCGUGCAGAUGAACACUACAGAGGCCAAAGCGGACCAGGGCGGUGUUCCUCUUCCUCCAAGAUCAGACGACCAGGAGCCUGGAGAGCUGCCAAGCCACGACGCACCCGCCCCAGACAUGGACCCUGAGGGCCAGGGGUGGAUGCGUGAGUUCGCCAAGUUCAAGAAGGACGCCAAAGUGAAAGCCGCACCAGUAGCGCCGCCAAGUAUCGUUCCUUCGGAGCAGCGCAGCACUCUCGCUUCCACCAUCUUCACCAAGCGUAAGGGCGCUCUCACCAACCCCUCCGCGUACUCUAUGACAUCGUCUGCCCUGGCCCGUACCGAAGGCCACCGACUCCUUGACGACCGAUUCGACAGGAUAGAGGCGCUCUAUGCCCUCGACGAGGAAGGCGAGGAGUACGACGAUAACAUGUCCAUGGUCAGUGGUAUGACUGGCAUGACUGGUAUGACCGGAAUGACUGGCAUCUCCACCGCUUCAUCGCAGGCACCCAGCCUCAUUGACGCCAACGGGCGCGAGGUAGCCCCGCGACACAACUUCAAUGAGGUCAUGGACGACUUCCUUGCCGGGUGGGAUGAUAAGACGAGCGCCCAGGCGAAGCGUAAGGGCGCCAAGGCUAAGAGAGGCAAAAACGGCAACGAGGCCAUUGGAAUCAAGAUGUUGGAGGAGAUCCGACAAGGUCUUGGGCCCGCCAGGGUGCCAGGAAAAGUCUCUGGCCGGGCAUAAUUUUCCUUCAACGAACUGCGACGAUGCAUCUUCAUUUUCUCCAGCUAAAAGCUUUGGCAUUGGGCGUUUCGGGUUCAUUUUUAGCAUAUCCACACGUUAUUUCAUGAAUGAAGUAUGAUGCGUUUUC